CAAGCAUAUAUAUAAUUUUAGCAGAAGCUUAUAAGCAUAUUUCGUAUAAGUUAGUCAUGGUGGAGAAGAAGCUGCGCAAAGAAGUUACUGUGGAGUCAAUAACGACGCUUCUGAUCGUGUCGGUGGUGGCGGCGGUGGUGAUGGUUUUGCCAGCGACGUCGUGUCCUCCGGACGGCAGGGAAUGUAGAAACUGCAUUCUUGAUAGGAUGAGGCACGUUUGCCCGCCGGCGUGCGCCCCGGCGCUGCGGUGCCUGGGUCGGUGCUUGUGGGGAGGCAAAUCGCAGUCGUACUGUGUGAAGAGAUGUGAGUGCUUUAAUGGUGGGAUUAGUCAAUACCCCAAACUCUCUGAUUGCAAGAAAUGCAUGCUACCCUGCAAGUGUAGCUGUGUUGCUUAUUAGAUAGCGUGUUUGAGAGAGAGAAAGAGGGAGGGAGAGGGAGACUCUUAGUAUUUGUUUUCUUAGAAGGUAAAAAUAUCAUUAAAGUGAAUAAAGGGGGCUUAGUAUUUGAUUUGAGUAA